GCCAUGAGUCCUCCAUUAUGUGCUGCAGCUAAUACACCCCCCCCUCCACCCCCCCCCCCCGUUGACUGGCUCCUCACAAUGCCUCUCAAGCCAACUUCAGCCUAGCCGGCUGUCUGACCACACAGCUCCCUUCAAACUGUGGGAAACCCGAUCUAGAGUCCAGCUUGGAAAUGUCGGGUCGAGCAGGCCUCCGAGGCAGGGAAGAGGCGCUAGCCCGCCCAUCCGCUGGGGUGCUGCCUGUAGCAACCUCUCCCGAUUCGGUCCCGAGCCGUGCGAGGUCAGGCUGCUGGUGCUGAGGCGGGAGGAGUUUCCCACAAUGCACUAGUGCGCUAUCCGCGGUGCUGAAGCGGCGCUGGUGGCUCUGCCCGCAUCCCUCCCUUUACGCCCAGCCUCUCUUCUAGCUCCCCGUCCGGCGGAAGCAGGCGUUGGGCUCGUUAUGGGUCUCGGCCAGUGAAGGCGGGGAUGGAAGAGCGCAGCCCGUACCAGAAGAGCCGCCUGGAGGCCGGCGGGGCCUCCUUAGUGCUGGGCACCGGUGGAGGGGACUGCCGGGCCCGCUGCGCCGCGGCUGCGGAAUUGGAGGCCAAACUCCAACGGGCGGUGGAAUUCAAGACGGAGGGACAUCGCUGCUACAAGCAGAAGAAGCUCCGCGAAGCCAUCGGCAAGUACCACCGAGCCCUGCUGCAGUUGAAGGGACUGGAACCGCCGGCCGCCGAGGGGGAGGCCGAGGCGGCAGCUGCGAAGGGCAGCUCGCUGGUCGUUUGGCGUCACCUGUCCGCCGAGCAGCGGGAGCAGGCGGACAGCACCGAGAUGGAGUGCUACGACAGCCUGACUGCCUGCCUCCUGCAGUCGGAGCUGGUGAACUACGAGCGAGUCCGCGAAUACUGCCUCAAGGUGCUGGCCAAGGAGAAGGGCAACUUCAAAGCCAUGUACCGCGCGGGCAUCGCCUUCUACCACCUGGGCGACUGCGACAAGGCCCUGCUCUACCUGAAAGAGGCCAAGGGCCGCCAGCCCACAGACACCAACGUCCUCCGCUACAUCCAGCUGACGGAAUUGAAGCUCAGCCGCUGCCACCAGCGCGAAAAGGAGGUGACCGCGUAGAAGGGACCUGCCCCUCCCUCCCUCCCUCCCUCCCGUCUGUCUGGCCGGGCCGGGCCUUGAUCGAAGCCUCAGCUGCGUCCAAGAUCUGGGAAUCCGCGAUGCACUCCGGAGACAGCUUGACCCAGAGCGACCCGGACUGCGAGCUAGAGAAUGUAGUGUUUUUUUGCCAAACACCUCUGGGGUGCAGCGUGCUUUCUUGGGACGGGGAAGGGCACAGAUGCGACGGGCCCGGCGCAAGCGGGACCUUCGACAGGCUCCAAGGAGGGGCUUCUGGACAGGCGCGGGUUCCUUUCACGGCUCCGCGUCCUGGAGGGUUUUCCUCGGAAGUAGGAGAAAGGGGUAAAAGCAAAGGGAGCAGCCAGAGGGUUCUGGGGCUAUGGCCAUCAUCCCGCCCCCAAGAAUGGGUGAACACAGCAUUCUUUUAGCCAAGCUGUGGGAGCACCCGCAGAACUCCCCUCGGGGUCCACCCCCCCAGCAAAGAGUAGAAGGGUUUUCUAGUGGAAGGAAGGAAGGAAGGAAGGAAGGAAGGAAGGAAGGAAGGAAGGAAGGAAGGAAGGAAGGAAGGAAGGAAGGAAGGAAGGAAGGAAGGAAGGAAGUGCACCUGCUGUUUCCUUCCUCCUCACACUCAGUAUCUCACCUGGC